CCGGGGUGCGCGCGGGUGGGAGCGGGCCCGACUCAGCCUGAUUUACGGCUCUGCUGAAAACCGCUCUGCUCCCGCAGCAGUAGCACCGGCCGCGGCGGCAGCAGCAGCAGCAGCGCCUACAGCUGCAGCAACAAGUCGGGACUUUUAGAGUAAUGCAACAGAAGGCUUUUGAGGAAAGCAGAUACCCCUGGCAGGAGUCCUUUGAGAAUGUUGCUGUGUGCCUGCCAUUCCGCUGCCCGAGGUGUGGAGACCAUACCAGAUUUAGAAGCCUGUCGUCGUUGAGGGCCCAUCUGGAAUUCAGUCACAGCUAUCAGGAAAGAACCCUCUUGACAAAAUGCAGCCUUUUUCCAUCCCUCAAAGACACAGACCUUGUUACUUCCUCAGAAGCCCUGAAACAGGGAAAAUUGCAGAGCUGUGGCAACGUGGUGAAGCAGAAACCGAGCUAUGUUAACUUGUAUAGCAUUUCGCAUGAACACUCCAAGGACAGAAAGCCAUUUGAGGUGGUGGCAGAGAGACCUGUAUCCUAUGUGCAGACCUACACUGCAGUGGAUCUCCGUACAGACUCGCUGGAUGGGCCGCAGUCGAGCCCUGGACUUCCCACUUCAGACCCCAAAGCUGCUUUUGAGGCCCAUGUCAGAGAAAAAUUCAAUCGGAUGGUCGAGGCCGUGGACAGGACCAUCGAGAAAAGAAUCGAUAAACUCACCAAAGAGUUGGCCCAGAAAACUGCCGAACUGUUGGAAGUUCGAGCAGCUUUUGUCCAGCUGACUCAGAAAAAGCAAGAAGUUCAGAGGCGAGAGAGGGCCCUAAAUAGGCAGGUGGAUGUGGCCGUGGAGAUGAUUGCAGGGCUGAGGCAGCGCCUGACAGAAUCCGAGGAGGAGCUUCUCAGGAAAGAAGAAGAAGUUGUUACAUUCAACCAUUUCCUCGAAGCGGCAGCUGAGAAGGAGGUUCAAGGGAAAGCUCGGCUCCAGGACUUUAUUGAGAAUCUCUUGCAACGGGUAGAAUUGGCGGAAAAGCAAUUAGAGUACUAUCAAAGCCAGCAGGCUGCUGGCCUCUGCCAAGAUGUCAGUGAGCAUGUGCUUACAGAUAUCUCCUCAAACAGGAAAUCCAAAUGCCUAAGCCGAGGGCACCUGCAUUCAGUGUGUAACCACCCCGAUCUCAAGACCCAUUUUCAUCAAAAGGGAAGGAGCUACCUGAAAAAAGCCAAGGAUGACAGAGCCAGCAUGCAGCCUGCUAAAUCCAGUCAUGAGCAGGCCGAGUCCCCAAGAGAACUCUGCAGACUACCGAAGAAGGGGGAGCCUCUGGGGUUUAGUCGGAAAGGCAACAUCAGGCCCAAAAUGGCCAAAAAAAAAGCCAACAGCGCUCGUGAACAUCAUCUAAAAGGGUGGGAGGCUCUGGACUACCAUUGCCGGGCUUUGGGGAAUGUUGUUCUGGGGGCCGACAGUAAUGUCCUUUUGGACAUAUCCCGUAGUAAGACACAGUGGGAAAGCGAGGGGUAUAACACAUUUAUUUCCUGUCCAUAUAAGCACGUGGACUAACUGUAAUUUAACAAACUGGAAUCUCGGUGAACCAGAAUUUUACUACAGGCCCCUUAUAGAACCAAGAAGCAAAUUACAGAAAGAAUUUAAAAAAAUGAAAGGAGUCUUGUCCCAAAAUUUUAGUAAAACAAAGCUCCAAUUUCUAAAAUAGUUAGCCCAGUCUCCAGUAGCUUCCAUAUCUUGUGUUCUAAGCAGUGGUGAUUGAUUCUCAGACCCAAGGCCACACAAGAUGCCAGGCACUGAAAAAAAAUUCAUCCGUGCUCACUGCUCUCUAAACUGUGGCACAAGGAACGGGAAUAUAAAGUUCUCUUCAUUGCAGGGAAAUAAAAUUAUUUCUGUUUGUUUUUAACCUUCCGCUCAACUAAUUUGAAAUCUUCCAAAAUAAGGAUUCCUGUUUCCCCAAGUAUUCUGGUUAGUCAAGAUUUCAAUGUUUGGGUUACUUCGGGGACUCGUUUAGUUAGACUUCAGUUCUCAUUUUGAUGGACUGUUUUCCAGUUUGUUUGAUUCAGGUUUUUUGUUGCCCUGGGCGCAUGUUUACUUGGGUUUUAGUGCACUUCUGCUCACGUCUCUGGUUGGAUUUUCUGCACCCUUAAGGUCGUGCCGCCAGUCUCUACCUUAAUAGCUGUGUCUAUGGUUCUGGUUGCAGAGGGCCAAAAAACCCUUUUGAUCAGCACCCAUCAGGAGUUCAGGGUCUGAAUGGUUGGAUGCCAGCGGAUAACAUGUAGUGCAUCAGUGCAUCGUGAGCCAGCCUGGAGACACCGCAACCCUUUCCCAAGACCUUACCUGGCAGUGUCAGCAGCCUCUUUGUUGGCUGUAGGCAUGAAUUUCUCCUUGCUGGACUAACGUUUUCACCUCCUGCUGCUCCUGUGCCCUUUUAUGACUAAAAUAUACAUUCUUACCUUUCAGCCAGGUAUCCGAAGUGUACAUAGUACACUGCUUUCUAAAGUAGUUUCUGACUUAAACUGUGCACGUGGGAUCCAGAAUCUGAGACUGUCUUCCUCUUCAUCCUUAAAAUGGCCUUUGUUUCCACAAAGAACCAUCUGUUAAGAAGCUCCUGCUUUAUGAUUUUCUUCAAGAAAAUCCAUGUUACUUUUUUAAAAAGUUAUCAUUAGCAUCGAGUCUCCUGCAGAGUUUACAAGUGCUGGCAUCCUUCUGGAAAUAAGAGUAAUUACAUCCACAAAUAUAUACAUAUAUACAUAUAUCUAUAACAUAUACAAUAUAUAUGUCAAGUAUAUUAAUAAUUUAUUUUUAAAUACUCAUGGAAAAGGUGUGUGUGGUGGGUGGUUUUUAAGCUAUCUGUGUUAGUUGAUAUAAAUUGAAUUCUAUAAUUUUAAAAAUUAAAACUGUAACCUAAUUAGUAGAAUUAUGAUUGUUAUUGCAAUAAAUGUCAGAUUAGCAGUUUAUUAAAAAUAGGUAAUAAAGCAAUUACUUAAAAAUGCCA